AUGGAAUGUUUACCAUAUUUCGAACGGACCUUAAUAGCGUUUCUCCUUGUCAUUUUCCUUGCUCACCUCAUAAAGGUGGCCGAGUCGAAGAAGGUUCUGUUCUUACCAGCGUCUGCAGCCAGCCACCUCAUGCAAAUGGACUCACUUGCAGUAGGUCUAGUGGCACGUGGUUACGAAGUGGUCACCAUAUUGAAUUCCCGGACAAAGACUGCUAAGGGUAUCGUGAGCUCAAAUGUAAAGGUAAUUGAAUUCGAUUCCGGAGUCGAGCCAACGUUCCAAACUAGGGUGUACCAGGAGAUGACAUUAGCCCCCGAAUUGACGGACUUGGGACUUUUGGAGAAAAUAAAACUGAUGUCGAAGAAGUCUGCCUUGUCCCAGUCCGAAUGCAGAGGAGCCUUUUUGGACAGGAACCUGCACAGGACUCUUGAGAGGGAAAAGUUUGACUUCGUUGUGGUAGAUGCUAUCAUGAGGUGCUACAUCAUAAUUCCUUAUAAACUGGGUGUACCAUUCGGAGUGUUUAGUUCGUUUCUUAUGCCAGAUAUCCCGCAUGCGGCGCUGCAGUCGCCCUUUCUUGUUCGUGGACCCCUGGAUGAUAAGGUAUCAUAUGGAGACCACCCGUCACUUCUUAUAAAACUCGGGAAACUAUUCUUCAUAACAGGAUUUGUCAAAGGUAACGACGUGUUUGGGGAUAUUUGUGAUAUACCAAUAAAUGAGCUUCUGAGACAAACGAAACUUUGGCUGUACGACGUCAGUACAGUCCUCGCCACACCAAUGCCGGUUUCCCCAAAUGUAAUCAACGUCGGGGGUCUGAACGUCAGGAGAUCAAAAUAUCUCCCCGAGGGUGAACUAAAACAGUUUGUUGACGGCGCAACAGACGGUUUUGUCUUGGUUUCGUUUGGCAGUAUUGCUAAAUUCCUCCCGGAUAACAUCGUCAGUAUUUUGUUAGAAACGUUCAGAGAUGUGCCUUACAAAAUUGUUUGGAAAUGGGACAAAAACUCGUUGAAAACUGAUCAGGUUUUGUCAUCAAAUGUUUUUGCUGUGAAUUGGAUCCCACAAAAUGAUGUUUUGGGACAUAGAAAUAUCAAAGUCUUCGUGACUCAUUGCGGUAAUAGUGGUCAGCAUGAGGCGUUGUAUAACAGCGUCCCCAUGGUUGGGCUCCCACUUUUUGGCGACCAGAUGUUUAACUGUAAGAAAAUUGAGGGACGAUUUGGUCGCCACAUUCGUGCAAAAGAUCUCUCAAAAGAUAAACUACUGCAUCUGAUUAAGCAAGUGAUCAGUGAUCGGAAAUAUUCGGAUAAUAUAAAGAAAGCGUCGGCGAUAUUUCGUGAUCAACCAAUGGAACCCAGGGAAACUGCAGCCUACUGGAUCGAUCACGUGAUCAAAUAUGGCGCCGACCACCUCAUGAGCACGACCAUUGAAAUGUCUUGGAUUCAAAUCCUGAUGUGGGACGUACUGUUUGUUGUUUGCGUCGUUAUUUCUCUUCUCCUCUUGGUGGUAUUCCUCGUCUGUCGCUGUUUGUUCAGAAGGUGCUGUCGCAGCAAAAUCGUAAUAAAGGAAAAAGCUAAACUGUCAUAA